AUGAGUGGCCAGGACAAGCAGGAGCAGACUGCUGCAAGGGGCAGGAUGGUCAGUGGUCAUCAGAUGAGGCAACUUGCUGCUGGCAACUCCAGCAACAAAGGAGAGAGGAAGUUUGUGUGUCUGGAGUGUGGAAAAGAAUUCACCUCAAGGGGAGGCCUCAGAUAUCACACCCAUAUACACACUGGUGUGAAGAACUAUGAAUGUAAGGAAUGUGGGAAAAAAUUCAUCCAGAAGAGUAACCUUGAUAAACACACCCUUACACACACUGGUGUGAAGAACUAUGAAUGUAAGGAAUGUGGUAAAAAAUUCAUCCUGAAGUCUACCCUUGAUACACACACCCUUACACACACUGGUGUGAAAAACUAUGAAUGUAAGGAAUGUGGGAAAAAAUUCAUCAAGAAGAGUCACCUUGAUACACACACCCUUACACACACUGGUGUGAAGAACUAUGAAUGUAAGGAAUGUGGGAAAAAAUUCAUCAAGAAGAGUCACCUUGACAGACACACCCUUACACACACUGGUGUGAAGAACUAUGAAUGUAGGGAAUGUGGGAAAAAAUUCAUCCAGAAGAAUAACCUUGAUAGACACACCCUUACACACACUGGUGUGAAGAACUAUGAAUGUAAGGAAUGUGGGAAAAAAUUCAUCCAGAAGAGUACCCUUGACAGACACACCCUUACACACACUGGUGUGAAGAACUAUGAAUGUAAGGAAUGUGGGAAAAAAAUCAGCCGGAAGAGUGACCUUGAUACACACAUCCUUACACACACUGGUGUGAAGAACUAUGAAUGUAAGGAAUGUGGGAAAAAAUUCAUCAAGAAGAGUGACCUUGAUAGACACACGCUUACACACACUGGUGUAAAAAGUCAUGAAUGUGAAGAGUGCGGGAAGAGGUUCAGUGUGAAGGCAGCACUCAAUCAACACGUCGUGAGGCACUAUGGCCUUAGAGAGUUCAAGUGUGAUGUUUGUGGAAAGCUCUUUAAGGCAAAAAAAGACAUUGCCAGGCACAUGAAGAUCCACUUCAGAAGUGUGUCUGCCUACAGUAGUUAUAGUGACCAGGGUGUUGGCAGCAGCUGA